AUGCCAUCACAACAUACAUCCGUUGUCUCGAAUACUGAACAAAAUGCAGCACAGAAAAAGCGUACAGAUGGAGGAAGUAGUGUACCUUCUAAUACGCCUUUACUACUACCACCUGAUCAUGAUACAGCUUUAGAAGACCGACAUCCAGAGCUGCCACAUGGCGAUCCUGUGUUCCUCGAUACCGACACAUUUACUGAUGACACAUGCAUUCCGCUGGAAGAACGCACAUUUCAUCUGCAGCCAGCAGAAAUCAUGGGUAUCUUAGAGACUGAAACGAAUGAUGAUUGGGAUGCAAUGUAUAACAGACUACUGGAUGAAAUAUCUCCGAGCGAUGCAAGUGCGUUCAAACUAGAGCUACCAUUCAACCCUGACAUAGACCAGGUGGAUAAGAAAGGAUACACACCUCUCUACAACGCAGCUUUAGAAGGUCAUCUCGAAGGUGUUGAAGAUCUCAUUUCAAGGGGAGCAAACCCAAAUAAACCAAGUAAGGGUGGACUCCGUCCUCUUCAUGCAGCGGUUCAAGAAGGACAUACACGGAUCGUCGACUUCCUCAUCCUGCAGGGAGCGGACGUGAAUAUCGAAUGUGAACGGAGUACGAGACCUCUUCAUACAGCAGCUGCAAAAGGUUAUCUUGACAUCUUAGAGAGCUUGGUUGCAGAAGAAACUAAUGUGAACAUGGAAGAUCACACAGGAUGGACACCAUUCAAUACUGCCGUUCAAUAUGGCCAUCUUGAAGCUGUCAAAUAUCUCAUAACUGAAGGAGCGAAGCAGAACAGAUAUGCUGGUGUGACCCCACUCUAUGCUGCAGCACGAUUUGGUCAUUUAGACAUCGUCAAAUUCUUCAUUUCCAAAGAAGUCGAUGUGAACGAGGAAAAUGAUUCAGGACGGAUUCCUCUCCAUGGUGCAUCUAUUCACGGUAGCACUGAAGUCAUGAAAUAUCUCGUUCAGCAAGGAUCAGAUGUGAACAAGAGUAGUGCCACGGGUUGGACUCCAUUCAAUGCUGCCGUUCAAUAUGGCCAUCUAGAAGCCGUCAAAUAUCUCAUGUCUGAAGGUGCGAAGCAAAACAGAUAUGAUGGUGUGACCCCACUCUAUGCUGCAGCACGAUUUGGUCAUUUAGACAUCGUCAAAUUUUUCAUUUCCAAAGAAGUCGAUGUGAACGAGGAAAAUGAUUCAGGACGGAUUCCUCUCCAUGGUGCAUCUAUUCACGGUAGCACUGAAGUCAUGAAAUAUCUCGUUCAGCAAGGAUCAGAUGUGAACAAGAGUAGUGCCACGGGUUGGACUCCAUUCAAUGCUGCCGUUCAAUAUGGCCAUCUAGAAGCCGUCAAAUAUCUCAUGUCUGAAGGAGCGAGGCAAAACAAGUAUUAUGGAAUGACCCCACUCUAUGCUGCAGCACGAUUUGGUCAUUUAGACAUCGUGGAAUUCUUCAUAUCCAACGGGGCUGAUGUGAACGGAGAAGAUGAUGAAGGUAUGAUUCCUCUCCACGGGGCAGCUUGUGGAGGCCACUUGAAAGUCAUGGAAUAUCUCAUUCAACAAGGGUCUGAAAUGAACAAGAAAGAUAAGUCAGGCUGGAUACCGUUCAAUGCUGCCGUUCAAUAUGGUCAUCUGCCAGCCGUCAAAUAUCUCUGGAAUACGAAGGCGGCAGAGAGUAUAUAUAACGGAAUCACUCCACUAUUUUCCGCAGCGAGAUUUGGUCAUAAAGACGUAGUAAAAUUCCUCAUUUCCAAAGGAGGUGAUGUGAAGGAGGGAGACUGUAUAGGCCAGAUUCCUUUACAUGGUGCAGCCAUAAAAGGUGACAUUGAAAUGCUGCAAUAUCUCAUUCACCAAAGAUGCAAUGUGAACAAGAAAGACAACACCGGAAUGACCCCACUCAUUGCUGCUGUUCAAAAUGGCCAUCUAGAAGCCGUCAAAUAUCUCAUGUCUGAAGGAGCGAAGCAGAACAGAUAUGAUGGUAUGUCCCCACCCUACUCCGCAGCUCUAUCUGGUCAUGGAGACCUUGUAAAAUUCUUCAUUUCCAAAGGAGUCGGUGUGAACGAGGAAAAUGAUACAGGACGGAUUCCUCUCCAUGCUGCAGCUAUCCAUGGCAACAAUGAAGUCAUGAAAUAUCUCGUUCAGCAAGGAUCCGAUGUGAACAAGAGUGAUGCCAAGGGUUGGACACCAUUCAAUGCUGCCGUUCAGUAUGGCCAUCUAGAAGCCGUCAAAUAUCUCAUGUCUGAAGGAGCGAGGCAAAACAAGUAUUAUGGAAUGACCCCACUCUAUGCUGCAGCACGAUUUGGUCAUUUAGACAUCGUGGAAUUCUUCAUAUCCAACGGGGCUGAUGUGAACGAAGAAGAUGACAAAGGGAGAAUUCCUCUACACGGUGCAGCUAUUAACGGUAACAUAGAUAUCUUGGAAUAUCUCAUUCAGCAAGGAUAUGAUCUGAACAAGAGAGAUACCACUGGUUGGACGCCAUUCGAUGCUGCCGUUCAAUAUGGCCAUCUAGAAGCUGUCAACUGUCUCAUGACUAAAGGAGCGAAGCAGAACAGAUAUGCCGAUAUGACUCCAUUGUAUGCCGCAGCAGUAUUUGGCCAUCUUGAUCUUGUCAUACACUUCAUUUCAAAAGGAGCUAAUGUAAACCAAGAAGAUGAAAACGAGAAGAUUCCUCUCCAUGGUGCAGCUUCUGGAGGACACAUAGAAGUCAUGGAAUAUCUCAUUCAGCAAGGUUCGGAUGUCAACAAGAACGAUUGCAGAGGUUGGACGCCAUUACGUGCUGCAAGCAAAAAUGGUCAUUUGGAAGGGGUCAAACUUCUCAUGGCAAAAGGAGCUAAGAUUACCAGGUUGCACGGAAUGUCUCCGCUUUACAUCGCAACACAGUAUGACCAUGUUGAUGUGGUAAACUUCCUAGUCUCCAGUGGAUGUGAUGUGAACGAAAGAAAUGAAUGCGGUAAGUCCUCUCUUCAUGCAGGAUGUUAUAAUGGCAACAUGGAUAUCGUGAAAUUACUCGUUCACCACAACGCUAAUGUCAAUGAACAAGAUAAUGAUGGAUGGACACCACUAGAAGCCGCUGCACAAGAAGGACACCAAGACAUAGUCAAUUACCUUGCAUUGAAUGGAGCAGGCAUGCACGUGAGGGAUGUAGAUGGUUUGACGCCGCUCCGAGCAGCAGAAAACACAACCAAUCCACAUGCAAUAGAAGGUGUCUCACCUUCUAGAGGUGACCCGGAAGAGGAAGAAACACGAGAUCCACGACCUGGAGGUCACCACAAUCACAUCACAAGAGGAUAUGUGACGGUGACAAUGAAAGAUGCAGACAAGCAUUCACGUGCAGGACAGUUUGCAUCUCAGGUAGAUAAUGCAGAGGAGGGGACUUACUGCACUCAAGCUGAUAAUGCAAAGAGAGGAGCUGAUGUUCUCUCCUUGAAGAGUUUCCCCACAAGGAUCCAUGAUGAUGAAAAGGAUGGAAAUGAGGAAUGCAAUCCUUUUAUUCAUGCAAAGCUGAAAUAUCCUGACAAAGGUGAACAAGAUCCGAAGAUAGAUCAGAUGAAGGCAAUGACGUGCCCCGAUACAAGAAAAAGACGCACCACAACAAAUGGCACAAACUGUUCUUCGCCGCGUGGACCUCAAUCAGGGCAAUACAGCGGAUUCGAUCCACCCUAUCUACAAACCAUGGAGACUGACGGUCACCCGUCUGAAGAACCAGAAACCAGAUGUCACUCACUAAUUGACGAAAACAGGGAAAUUAGACUCUACAUAUAA